AUGAAGAGUGUUAGGGUUGUGAGUGGGGCGGUUGCUGUGGUUGUGGUUGUGAUUUGUUUGGAGAUUAGAGUUGUGUUUCGGUCGUUUGGGAAGUAUAUUCAAGUGCCGCCUCCGUUGAGUUAUCUUCUGGUGACUACGACGUUGCUUGGUGGUGCUGCUGGUGCUGGUGCUUCGGUUCUUGGGAUGGUCUCGAGUGGUUUUAGUUCUGCUGUUUUUACUGGUUUGGCUGUGGUUGUGAGUUCUGCGGGAGCUAUUGUUGUAGGGUUUCCUCUUUUGUUCAUUCCGCUUCCUGCUGUUGCUGGGCUUUGUUUUGCUCGUUUUUUUACCAAGAAAAGUGUGCCUUCUUACUUUGCAUUCGUUGCUCUUGGAAGCUUAAUGGUUAUAUGGUUCGUAAUGCAUAAUUACUGGGAUUUAAACAUAUGGUUAGCCGGCAUGUUCCUCAAGUCAUUCUGUAAGCUUAUAGUGGCUAACAUUAUCAUAGCCAUGGUCAUCCCUGGUCUUGUUCUUCUCCCUUCAAAAUUUCACUUCUUGACUGAAGCUGGUAUGGUGGCCCACGCAUUAUUGCUGUGUUACAUUGAGGACCGUUUUUUCAAUUACUCAAGCAUAUACUAUUAUGGAAUGGAAGACGAUGUGAUGUACCCUAGUUACAUGGUUAUCAUGACGACGCUAAUUGGAUUGGCUGUUGUAAGGAGACUAUUUGCUGAUCGACGAAUUGGUUCUAAGGCGGUCUGGAUCUUGACGUGUUUGUAUUCAGCAAAGUUGGCUAUGCUCUUCCUAUCGUCAAAAUCAAUUGUAUGGGUGUCUGCAGCUCUAUUACUGGCCGUUACCCCUCCCUUACUGCUUUACAAGGAGAAGUCGAAAUCUGCCUCUAAAAUGAAACCAUGGCAAGGUUAUGCUCAUGCCGCAGUGGUUGCUAUCUCUGUUUGGUUUUGCCGGGAAACGAUAUUCGAUGCUCUACAGUGGUGGAAUGGAAGACCGCCAUCUGAUGGCUUGCUUCUUGGUUUCUGCAUCGUUUUAAUUGGUCUGGCCUGUAUACCAAUUGUUGCUCUCCACUUUUCCCAUGUCCUGUCAGCUAAGAGAAGCUUGGUAUUGGUAGUGGCAACUGGAUGCAUGUUUAUUCUGAUGCAGCCACCGAUGCCUAUGACGUGGAGUUAUCAUUCAGAAAUGAUCAAGGCCGCUCGUCAGUCAGCUGAUGACAUUUCCAUCUACGGAUUCAUGGCAUCCAAACCAACUUGGCCGUCUUGGUUGUUAAUUGUGUCACUCCUAUUGAUUCUUGCUGCUGCCACAUCUCUAAUCCCAAUCAAAUACGUAGUAGAGUUGAGAGCAUUUUACUCCAUCGUCAUGGGUUUAGCUCUUGGUGUUUACGUAUCUGCAGAGUUCUUUCUACAAGCUGCCGUUCUACAUGUUCUGAUUAUUAUAACAAUGGUGUGUGCCUCAGUUUUUGUCAUCUUCACCCAUUUUCCAUCUGCUUCAAGCACAAAGCUCCUUCCCUGGGUGUUUGCUCUUCUCGUGGCUCUAUUUCCAGUGACAUAUUUGUUAGAAGGGCAGGUCAGAAUUAAAACUCUCAGUGAUAAUGUUGCCUGGGGUUGGGAUGCAGGGGAAGAGGAUAAGAAAGUCACAACAAUGUUGGCGAUUGAAGGUGCAAGAACAUCUCUUCUAGGUCUCUAUGCAGCGAUAUUCAUGCUCAUAGCUCUCUUGAUUAAGUUUGAGCUCACUUCGCUUUUGCGUGAGAAAGUAUCUGAGAGGACUGGUCAGUCACAAACCCAAGGAGGCGCUAGGGGGAUGUUCCCAACACGAAUGAGGUUGAUGCAGCAACGCCGGGCCACCUCGAUCCAAAGUUUUGUAAUAGAGAAAAUGUCAGAAGAUGGAGCGGCCUGGAUGCCAGCGGUUGGUAACGUUGCCACCAUUGUGUGCUUUGCCAUAUGCUUAAUUCUUAACAUCCACCUCUCAGGCGGCUCAAGCCAUGCGAUCUUCUUCCUGGCUCCUAUCUUACUUCUCCUGAACCAAGACUCUGAUCUCUUAUCUGGGUUCGGCGAUAAACAGAGAUACUUCCCGGUUGUACUAGCCAUAUCAACAUACUUGGCUUUAUCCUCUCUCUACUCUGUAUGGGAAGAAGUUUGGUUCGGUGGAAACACAGGUUGGGGAAUAGAAAUCGGAGGCCGUGAAUGGUUCUUUGCGGUGAAGAACCUAGCUCUCCUAAUACUCACAGCACCAGGUCACAUUAUAUUCAACAGGUACGUGUGGAGUUACACCAGUAAACAGUCAGACGCGUCGCCGAUGCUUACGCUGCCACUUAGCUUUGCAGCCGUGGUGAUAACAGACGUGUUUCAGGUUCGGCUUCUUGGAGUUUUAGGCAUUGUUUACUCUUUGGCUCAGUAUGUGAUAUCUAGGCAACAAUACAUUAAAGGGCUGAGGUAUAUUUAG